AUGCCCACGGAGCUGGAGGAGCUGGUUGAUUUCCUCCACCAUGGAAACACCCAGAUCCGCCAGAUAGCAUGUGAGAACCUCGUCGGCUACUCGGCCUCCCAGCCCGUACUCUUCAAGAGACACCAGUUGCUCCCCGUCAGGGACCUCAAGCUGCUCGUUCGGGACUACCCACCGAUUGCGAAAGAUGCGCUCACCAUCCUGAUCAACCUGUCAGCGGACGAUGAAGUGCUCAAGGAGCUGGCGGAGGAUGAUGCCUUUCUUGAGGCCCUGCUGAAGAAAGUCACAAACCCAAAGGAAAAGGCGGCAAGCGAGAUCACCAUGCUCCUGGCAAACCUGGCCAAGUCAGAUAGCAUCAAGCGCAUCGUCGGCCUAGAGAGAGCAGCGCCAGAGGGGGUGUCAACCUCCAAGAAGGCCAUGGACCAGCUCAUGGACUGCUUUAUAAAGGGGGGAGGCAAGGACACGGACCAAUAUAAGACGUACGACUACCUCUCGUACUUCUUCGCCGACAUCUCCAAGUUCGAAGAAGGACGAGCUUACUUCGUCACUGAGCAGGAAUAUGACGGCGUCAUCCCCAUCACCAAGCUGACCGUCUUCACCGAACACCGCAGCCACAUCCGACGCAGGGGAGUUGCCUCUACCAUCAAGAACGUCGCUUUUGACAUCUCCGCUCACCCGGCCCUCAUGUCGGAGGACCAGGUCAACCUGUUGCCUUACAUCCUCCUCCCACUUGCAGGGCCAGAAGAGUUCACUGAUGAGGAGAGCUCCGAUAUGCUGCCGGACCUGCAGCUGCUGCCGCCGGACAAACAGCGUGAUCCGGACCCGGACAUCCUCACCGCCCACCUCGAGACGCUCCUCCUGCUGACUUCCACUAGGGACGGUAGAGACAUACUUCGAAAGGUGCAGGUCUAUCCUCUGAUCAGGGAGUGCCAUCUACAUACCAACAACGAAGCUGUCCAAGAGGCCUGUGAUCGGCUGGUGCAAGUCAUCAUGCGGGACGAGGAGGGUGAAGGGGAGGCUACGGAGGCUGCCAUCGAGAAGGCUAGACUUGAACUCGAGGAUCGGCCUGGCGAUGCCGAUGAAGAGAAGGUCGUAGACGUAUUUUAA